CGGCCCGGCCCUGCCCUGCCCUGACUCGACCCGGUCCGGUCCUGCCCUGCCCUGCCCUGCCCCGGCCCGCCCGCACACGGCAAUGUCGGACAGAGCGGAGGGGCCCGCGGGGGGCCCCUCUGGCUCCCCCGGCUCCCCUACCCGCGACUCCGCCGGUGGCUCCGAGCCGCGGAUCAUCAAAGUUACGGUGAAGACUCCCAAGGAGAAGGAGGAGUUCGCCGUUUCCGAGACCAGCAGCAUCCGGCAGUUCAAGGAAGAAAUCUCUAAACGUUUCAAGUCCCACACUGAUCAGCUUGUGUUGAUAUUUGCUGGAAAAAUUUUAAAAGAUCAAGAUACUUUGACUCAGCAUGGAAUUCAUGAUGGACUCACUGUUCACCUGGUUAUCAAAACACAGAACAGAUCACAAGACCACCCAACUCAACAGGCAAACACCUCUGGGAGUACUGCUACCACAUCAACAUCAAGCAGUAGUACCUCAACGCCAGCAUCAACAAAUAGUAAUCCCUUCGGCUUGGGUGGCCUUGGAGGUUUAGCAGGCCUGAGUAGCCUGGGCUUAAAUAGUUCAAACUUCUCGGAGCUGCAAAGUCAGAUGCAACGACAACUUAUGUCCAACCCGGAAAUGAUGGUUCAGAUAAUGGAGAAUCCAUUUGUUCAGAGCAUGCUUUCAAAUCCUGAUCUGAUGAGGCAGUUAAUUAUGGCUAACCCUCAAAUGCAGCAACUGAUACAGAGAAAUCCAGAAAUCAGUCACAUGCUGAAUAAUCCAGAUAUAAUGAGACAGACACUAGAACUUGCUAGAAACCCUGCAAUGAUGCAGGAAAUGAUGCGAAACCAGGACCGAGCUUUGAGCAAUCUUGAAAGUAUACCAGGGGGAUACAAUGCCUUGCGGCGUAUGUACACAGACAUCCAGGAGCCAAUACUGAAUGCAGCACAGGAACAGUUUGGAGGUAACCCAUUUGCUUCUUUAGUAAGCAAUGCAUCAGCAGGAGGGGACAAUCAGCCAUCUCGUACUGAAAAUCGAGAUCCUCUGCCAAAUCCGUGGGCACCUCAGUCCAGCUCACAGACUUCCACAACAAAUACUGUCACUACUGGUGAGAGCAGUGGCAGCAAUAAUGCCGAAAGUAGCACUUCAGGCACAACGGGACAGAGCUCAACUGGACCAAAUUUGGGACCUGGGCUUGGAGCUGGUAUGUUCAAUACACCAGGAAUGCAGAGCUUAUUACAGCAGAUAACAGAAAACCCACAACUUAUGCAGAAUAUGUUGUCUGCACCCUACAUGAGAAGCAUGAUGCAAUCGUUAAGCCAGAAUCCCGAUCUUGCAGUACAGAUGAUGUUGAAUAAUCCUUUAUUUGUUGGAAAUCCUCAACUUCAGGAACAAAUGAGACAACAACUUCCAACUUUCCUUCAGCAAAUGCAGAAUCCUGACACCUUAUCAGCUAUGUCAAACCCCAGAGCAAUGCAGGCUCUGCUACAGAUUCAGCAGGGCUUGCAGACAUUAGCAACAGAAGCACCGGGGCUUAUACCAGGGUUUAAUCCUGGUUUGGGUGGAGGGGGAAGCAGUGGAACUUCUACAGCAUCCACUGUACCUAGUUCUGUUUCCACUGAAAAUACAAGUCCAGCUUCAGGAACUGCUGAACCUGGUCACCAACAGUUUGUCCACCAGAUGUUGCAGGCACUUGCUGGUGCAAAUGCUCAGCUUGAAAUUUUGUUCUUAGCAGUUACAAAAUCCAGAAGUUCGAUUUCAGCAACAACUGGAACAGCUGAGCGCAAUGGGCUUUCUGAACCGUGAAGCAAAUUUACAAGCACUAAUAGCAACAGGAGGAGACAUCAAUGCAGCUAUUGAAAGGCUGCUUGGCUCUCAGCCUUCAUAGCAGUGUUUCUUUUAACUUGAAAAAUGUAAUUUAUUUUUGAUAACAGCUCUUUAAUCUUUCAGAUUGCUUUAUUUCAUUCUGACUCUUGGGAUUGUCUUGUUAUAACUAAAACCAAUCUGAUGCAUUUGAAGGUGGAGUGCAGUAGUUUUCUUCAGACAUUGGGAAUCAAUGCAUUUUCACUUUUGAGUGCAUCAAUUCUUUUGUUCAGCAUUAUUUGUGAUUUUUUGGAAACAGUGUCAGCUUUCACAGUUGGAUGAACAAGUUUUGUCUGACCUACAAAUGGCCAAUUUAUUUACUACUUAAACAGUAUCCUUCAAUAAUAAUUUAUGUAGAUUGCACAUUAAAAAGGAAACAAAUUAAUUGAAGCUGUGGGUACCAAUACUGCUUAUUGUGAUUUUAGCAUGUUUUAUUCUCUUGACUAGCAAAAUGCUGGAAGAUUUAUACCACUUGAGUAAUCUACCAUCUUUUACUUUAAUUUGUCUAAGGUAUAAACACAAUAUAUACAACAGAGAUGGCUCAUUUCUAGAGAUGUACACAGUAUAAUAGAGUGAAAUUGUAAGCAAUGAAAAAACAAACACAAAAACCCCCAAAGCAACAAGAAAAAAACCCACAAAAAAAAAAAAAAACCCCAAAAAAACCCCAAAAAACAAACAAGAAAAAAAAAAAACCAAAA